AUGAUCAGCAGAAAGAAACUGACUGCAGUGGCAAGGAAGUGGCAGAAGAUGGCUGCUUCAAGCAGGAAAAUAGUCUCUCUGCCAAACGCCCAUGGGGAUUCGAGUGAUACACCAUUUGUUGCAGACAAGGGCCAUUUCGUUGUCUGCACGUCCGACAGAAGGCGCUUCAUGGUGCCACUAUCAUACCUCUACAAUGAUAUCUUCCAAGAGUUGUUUAAGAUGUCCAAGGAUGAGUUUGGGCACUCAUGUGAUGGGCCCAUCACAGUUUCCUGCGAUGCGGCUGCCAUGGAGUAUGUGGUGUCGCUGGUUCAACGUGGUUUAACUAAGGACUUAGAGAAGGCUUUGCUGGACGUCAUAGCUUCUAGUUGUUGCACGAUAACGGUGGCAUCUUUGGAUGAAAUGUGCGUGAGACCUCAAUUUCUUGUAUACAGCCACUGA